AUGCAGCGUGCCGUUGUUCAAGGGUCUAAACGCGGUUUGGCGGCCCUCGCCGGAGUUACUGCCGCUUCCGGUAUGGGACUCGUUUACGCUUUGGAGAACUCGGUCAGCGCCAGUGGAGAUAAUGUACACCCAUAUGCGUUGCCAUGGGCACACAGUGGACCAUUUUCAUCCUUCGAUAUUGCCUCAGUACGACGUGGUUACGAAGUCUACAAACAAGUUUGUGCUGCCUGCCACUCGAUGAAGUUCUUGCAUUACCGUCACUUUGUAGAUACGAUCAUGACUGAGGAGGAAGCUAAAGCUGAAGCUGCUGAUGCUCUCAUCAACGACGUCGAUGAUAAAGGAGCUGCUAUCCAACGUCCAGGAAUUCUCACCGAUAAGCUGCCAAAUCCAUAUCCAAACAAGAAGGCUGCCGCUGCUGCUAACAACGGAGCUGCUCCACCAGAUUUGUCUCUGAUGGCUCUUGCCAGGCACGGAGGAGAUGACUACGUCUUCUCAUUGCUCACCGGUUAUCUCGAGGCUCCAGCUGGAGUUAAGGUUGACGACGGAAAGGCCUACAAUCCGUACUUCCCAGGAGGAAUCAUCUCUAUGCCACAACAAUUGUUCGAUGAAGGAAUUGAGUAUAAGGAUGGAACACCAGCCACCAUGUCCCAGCAAGCUAAAGACGUUUCCGCUUUCAUGCAUUGGGCUGCUGAACCAUUCCAUGACACAAGAAAGAAAUGGGCACUCAAGAUCGCUGCCUUGAUUCCAUUCGUGGCUGUCGUGCUGAUCUAUGGAAAGAGAAAUAUCUGGUCGUUCACGAAAUCGCAGAAGUUCUUGUUCAAGACUGUCAAGGGAAGAGAACCACCAAAGGCUCAGUAA